AGUGAACAAGAAGCGAUCGCGGAAACAAUCGUUAAUUUCCAAGACAAAUUCAACAAAAACUUCAAUUAUCCUUAUGUAUUCUUAAAUAACGACCUCUUCACAGACGAAUUCAAAACAGCAAUGAAACUAGCCGCACCAAAUGCAGAAAUGAGUUUUGGAUUAGUACCUCAGGAUCAUUGGGGUUAUCCACCCUGGGUUAAUGAGACCUUGGCAGCCGAGAGUCGGAAACAGAUGGAUGCUGACAAUGUAUUUUAUGGAGGCAUGGAAAGUUAUCACCACAUGUGCCGUUAUCAAAGUGGAUUCUUUUUUAACCAUCCUUUAUUGGACAAUUACGAUUGGUAUUGGAGGGUUGAGCCUGGAGUCAAGUUUUUUUGUGAUAUUACAUACGACCCUUUCCUCUAUAUGCAAAAGAACAACAAGCAAUAUGGGUUUGUGGUUACCUUGACAGAGCUCAAGGAGACUAUACCUACUCUUUGGAAAACAGUUCGGGAAUAUGCUUACUCACGCAGAAUCAACAUCACCAGCAAUCCUCAACUACUAUUUCCUUUCUUUGAAGAUGAACAGGGCGACUACAACCUUUGUCAUUUCUGGUCUAAUUUCGAAAUCGCUUCUCUUAAUCUCUGGCGUAGCCCUGCUUAUCGCGAUUUUUUCAACUACCUUGACCAAACUGGAAAAUUCUUCUAUGAAAGAUGGGGAGAUGCGCCUGUUCAUUCUAUUGCUGCCGGUCUCUUUUUGGAAACUGAUCAGGUACAUUACUUUGAGGAUAUUGGAUAUCAGCAUGAUUUGUAUCGUCAUUGUCCAUCUACUGCUAGUGGCAAAGGGUGUCGAUGCGAUUGUCCAGAAGGCACGAAUGACAAGAGCAUUGAUCAUGAUCAAUACCCUGACAGCUGUUUACCCAAAUGGAAGAACUGGGUAGAAACAUCAAAGGCUAGAAAAGCCCAUUGGAUGUGGACAUAA